AUGAUUGAAGAACUGAACAAUUUAAACUCCACCAUUAAAUUUACUUUGACGUACAGCCCAGAUAAAAUCCAAUUCUUGGAUGUGGAGAUAUUCCGGAAGGAUCGAAACAUUGGACAUCGAUUAUUUAGAAAACCCUCAGACCGCAACACGCUGCUACACGCCAACAGCGCUCAUCCCAAAGCCCUAAAGGAGUCUUUACCUAUUUCGCAAUACUUAAGAGUGUACAGGAAUAAUUCGGAGGAAAGCACAUGUAAAACUCAACUAGAGGACAUGACCAGAUCCUUUGUGGAACGAGGAUACACAUAUAAAGUGCUCCAAGAAUGUCAAAUAAAAGCAGAAAAUAUAUACAGGGGCAUAUCUACUAAACAACUUCAAAAUCUGCCCAGAAUUACGAUCCCUUUAUCAUACCACACGGAGAGCCAGAGAUUUUCCCACAGGAUUAAAGGGAGAUGGGACAUCUUAUCCAGCGACAGAACACUUAAUCCGUUUUUUUUACAGAAACCAAGGGUCGCAUAUUCACGCAACUGA